GCGGCUGGCAGUGCCAGGCUCCAUACACCAUCACCGUCUCCGUAACCGGAGGAGGAUAUAGGAGGAAGGCUCUCCUGUAAAUCCUGUCCUGCGUGCAGGUCACAGGCGCGGAGGCACGAGAGCCUGAAGAGCGGGAUAAUCGUUUAGAAAUUUCAGUGUUGACGCCGCGUCACACGCAUGUAUCGCUCACGCAUUUACUGCGUAAAACUGGAAUACAAAACUCAAUAUAGUCGGGAGCCGCUUUUGGGUGAGACGAGCCUGAUUUCUUUCCAUCCCCUCUUUAUCGGUCAUUUCCCCCCGGGGCUUCGUGUCCUUCUCUUUUAAAUGGACCAGAGACUAUAUGGAAAUGGGCAAACUUUCGCUUAAAACACACGAUUAUUCAUCCGUGGACUGGAAGCAUCUAGUGUGACUAUGGACUGUUGCCUGUCGCUGGAUUCAAUGGCUAUACGCACUUGGAACUAUGACAAUAAGAUAUGUCCGUAAUGAAACCGAGCCUGGGGUGAAGUUUGCGUUUUUUCGAGGUUUUCUCCCGAGGGGGGACGUGUUGCUUGGUCGGAUUACGGAACUGCGAGACGCAUAGAACUUGCAAACAUGCGGACUCCGGAGCGCGGAAUCGGGCUCUAGACCUGCAGGACCUGACAUAACGCAGCUAUGGGCUCCCUGACGCGUGGCGGCUGGCUGGUGGUCCCACUGCUGCUCCAGGCGUGGCUGCACGCUGCCCCUGGUGGUCGUGUCCGUGAGCGGCCCUGUCCUCAGAGCUGCCGCUGCGACGGCAAGAUCGUCUACUGCGAGUCCAACGCCUUCCGCGACGUCCCCCGCAACGUGUCCGUGGGCUGCCAGGGCCUGUCGCUGCGCUACAACAGCCUCGCCGGCCUGCGCGCCGGGCAGUUCGCCAGCCUCGGCCAGCUGGUGUGGGUAUACCUGGACCACAACUACAUCAGUGCGGUGGACCGACAGGCCUUCCAGGGUGUCCGGCGGCUCAAGGAGCUCAUCCUCUCCUCCAACAAGAUCACGCAGCUGGACAACGCCACGUUUCACGCCGUGCCCAACCUGCGCAACCUGGACCUGUCCUACAACAAGCUGCAGGUGCUGCAGCCCGGUCAGUUCCAGGGCUUGCGGAAGCUCCUCAGCCUCCACCUGCGCUCCAACUCGCUCAAGACGGUCCCCAUGCGCGUGUUCCAGGACUGCCGCAACCUGGAGUUCCUGGACCUGGGCUACAACCGUCUGCGCAGCCUGACCCGGAACACGCUCGCCGGGCUCCUCAAGCUCACCGAGCUGCACCUGGAGCACAACCAGUUCUCCAAGAUCAACCUCUCCCACUUCCCCCGCCUCAACAACCUGCGGGCGCUCUACCUGCAGUGGAACCGCAUCCGUGUGGUCAGCCAGGGCCUCACCUGGACGUGGACGUCGCUGCAGAAGCUGGACCUGUCCGGCAACGAGCUGCAGACGCUCGACCCCAGCAUCUUCCAGUGCUUGCGCAACCUGCAGACCCUCAACCUGGACUCCAACAAGCUGACCAACGUCUCCCAGGAAGUGGUGGACGCCUGGCUCUCUCUGACCAUCAUCAGCCUGUCCAGCAACACCUGGGAGUGCAGGGCCAGCAUCUGCCCCCUGGUGGCCUGGCUGAGGAACUUCAAGGGCAACAAGGAGACCACCAUGAUCUGCGCUGGCCCCAAGGAGGUGCAGGGGGAGAAGGUGAUGGACGUGGUGGACAACCUGAGCAUCUGCAAGAACACGCCCGGCCCCCGGCCCCCUAGGCCUCCCCGGCCGAAGCUCCCGCCUUCCGCCGGACGCCCGCCCUUCCCCACGCUCUCCCGGCCGGACGAUGCGGCCAGCGGAGGGGGGGUGGUGGUUCGUCCCCGUCCUCUGGCGGGCCUCAUCCCCGAGCAGGACUUCGAGCACGUGUCCUUCCACAAGAUCAUCGCGGGCAGCGUGGCGCUCUUCCUGUCCGUGGCCAUGAUCCUGCUGGUCAUCUACGUGUCGUGGAAGCGCUACCCGAGCAGCAUGAAGCAGCUGCAGCGUUUCAGCGCCGCUGAAAGCGCCCGGAAAAAGGCCGGACCCGGGCGUGGCGCCGCCAGCCCCCCCCUGCAGGAGUACUAUGUGGACUACAAGCCCACCAACUCAGAGACCAUGGACAUGCUGGUCAACGGCACGGGGCCCUGCACCUACACCAUCUCCGGCUCACGCGAAUGUGAGGUAUGACCCGCCCGUCGCCCGCUCACACUACUGUCCUCUGUGGGCAUGCCGAGACGGACUCUGGACACACUCUGGCAGGUUUUUUGUUGACGAGGCAGGACUGCGGGAGCCAUUACAGAGCCUCGGUGUGGCCGGCCGGCCAAAGGGACCUCGAUCUUAUCGGAGGAAAUGGGAGACCUGCGGCAGGAA